ACCAUGAAUAUGUUGUCAGAUGCCAAUUUGAAACCGCCGGUAUGUAGGGCACUUGUGUAUAAGUGGCACAAACGUUUUCGAGAGGGAAGGGAAUCACUCGAGGGCGAUUCCGGAAGAGGACGGCCAAAACUUGUGUCUUCUGCAAUGAUUCAACGAGUGAACGACGUCGUGGAUGAAGACAGGCGAAUCACUAUAGGGGAAAUAUGCGAUAGAAUUCAUGUGAGUUACGGAACUAUACAAACAAUAUUAACUGAGAAACUCUGUAUGCACCGUAUAUGUGCCCGUUGGAUACCUCGUUUACUAUCUGCUGAUGACAAAAGCCGUCGUGUUGUGGCAUCCAGGGAAUUUCUGCGCCGUUACAACCAAGGCGAUGCGUUCUUGAAAAGAAUCAUCACGACAGACGAAACCUGGCUGUUCUUUUACGACCCGGAAAGUAAACAACAAUCGUCCCAGUGGAAGAGAUCAUCAUCACCACCUCCAUUAAAAGCAAAAGUUGUGAAAUCGGCAAAAAAGAAUAUGUUUAUAUUCUUCAUGGACAUGGAAGGAAUGAUCCUAAGUCACGCAGUACCACAAGGACAGACGGUCACAGCAGCAUACUAUUCAAAGGUCAUCAGACGAGACUUGAUGCAUGCGUUACGAAAGAAACGACCACACAUUGCAGCUGAACAUAUUAUAUUUCAUCAGGACAAUGCACCAGCCCAUCGUGCCGAAUCAACCACCCUUGAAAUGGAUAUUCUGGGGUUUGAACGGCUGAUUCAUCCUCCAUAUAGUCCGGACCUCGCACCCAUGGAUUUCAGUGUUUUUCCUGCCUUAAAGUCCGAAUUGCGUGGUCACAAAUUUGACAAUCUUGAUCAGUUGCGAUACGCCACGAGAACUGUACUUUCCCAGAAGUCAUGUGAUUGGUACAGAGGUAUCUAUAACACUUGGGUCCGGAGACACACGAAAUGUAUAGAGAAAAACGGCGAGUACUUUGAAAAAGUUUAAAUGACUGACGUCACUGACGUCGUUUUACUUGCACCGUGUGCGCCGUGCUGUAAGCAGUGACUAAUUUUAUAAUACCAUGAAAAUGUAACUAUUGAUUUGUUUACUGUAAAAUUUUCAACAUUUAUUGGGUGAAAA